AUGGCACAGCAAGGACUAAGAAUUCUCCUUAUCGGCAAUGGGGGCCGCGAGCAUGCUCUUGCUUGGAAACUAUCUAUAUCCCUUCGAGUUGAACACAUCUACUGCGUGCCAGGCAACGGCGGUACUGCUGGCGUCGAUAAAGUUACCAACAUCAGCACUAUCGCUCAAAACGACUUCGCGGCCCUUGCAAGUUUUGCCGAAGAGAAAGGCAUCAACCUGCUCGUGCCAGGUCCAGAGGCACCAUUAGUCGCCGGAAUAGUGGAUUACUUCCAGCAGAAUUUAAAAGGAGUGGAGUGCUUCGGGCCGAGCGCGAGUGCAGCGCGUAUGGAGGGUAGCAAAACAUUCUCAAAGGAUUUUAUGCAGAGACACAAUAUUCCUACGGCUGCUUACCGGAAUUUCAACAAUUAUGACGAAGCGCAGGAGUACCUAGACUCCGUCGACCAUGAUGUCGUAAUCAAGGCAAGCGGGCUGGCAGCCGGCAAGGGAGUGAUAAUACCGCAGAGCCGACAAGAAGCACAGGACGCGCUUCGCGAGAUCAUGUUGGACAAGGAAUUUGGCGCCGCGGGCGAUGAGGUCGUCAUUGAGGAGUUCCUAGAGGGCGACGAACUCAGUAUUCUGACAUUCAGUGACGGGAAGACAGUCCGGAGCUUGCCGCCAGCGCAAGACCACAAGCGGAUAUAUGACAACGACCAAGGACCGAACACCGGGGGUAUGGGCACGUAUGCGCCGACGAGGAUAGCACCGAAAGAAGUGAUAGAUCAGAUACACGAGACAAUUCUGCAGCCGACGAUUGAUGGUAUGAGGGAAGAGGGUUUCCGUCAUGUCGGAGUCCUAUUUACGGGCUUAAUGAUGACAAAGUCGGGCCCGAAGGUGCUCGAGUACAACGUCAGAUUCGGCGAUCCGGAAACUCAGAGUCUCCUGCCGCUCUUGGAGAGCGACCUUGCGGAUUUGAUGCUGGCUUGUACGCAAGGCCAUCUGAGUGAGGUCGAGCUGUACAUCUCAACAAAAUCCGCUGCCACCGUGGUGGUAGCUGCUGGCGGCUAUCCCGGAGUGUAUGCGAAAGGAAUAGAGAUGAAGCUGGAUCCUGUCCCGGAAGGCAUCGUGUUAUUCCACGCCGGAACAGCUCUAGUAGGGAAUACCUUGAAGACCGCAGGCGGUCGAGUGAUUGCGUCAACGGCAACAGGAGACACCCUGGAAGAAGCUGUGAAGAAGGCAUACGGAGGCGUCGGAGCCAUUCACUUUGAUAAGAUGCAGUACAGGAAAGACAUCGCAGCACGCGCAUUGAGAUGA